AUGCGGGUUUGAAUAAGGUGGAGGUAUAAAUGAGCAGGGCAGGUGAAGGCCAAGUCCACUCUCUAAAGGGAGCAACAGCACUACCGCCUCUUCUCCUCCCUUUCUGGGUCCGCCGCUGUGUGAGUGAGGAUGUGUGACGAGGAAGAGACCACCGCUCUGGUGUGUGAUAAUGGUUCUGGGCUGGUAAAGGCCGGGUUUGCCGGAGAUGAUGCCCCCAGAGCUGUGUUUCCCUCCAUCGUCGGCAGACCUCGCCACCAGGGUGUGAUGGUGGGUAUGGGACAGAAGGACAGCUAUGUAGGAGACGAGGCCCAGAGCAAGAGAGGCAUCCUGACCCUCAAAUACCCCAUCGAGCACGGCAUCAUCACCAAUUGGGACGACAUGGAGAAGAUUUGGCAUCACACCUUCUAUAACGAGCUCCGUGUGGCACCUGAGGAGCAUCCUGUUCUCCUCACUGAAGCUCCACUCAACCCCAAAGCCAACAGAGAGAAGAUGACCCAGAUCAUGUUUGAGACCUUUAACGUUCCCGCCAUGUACGUGGCCAUCCAGGCUGUCCUAUCCCUCUACGCUUCUGGCCGUACCACUGGUAUUGUACUGGACGCUGGUGAUGGUGUGACCCAUAACGUUCCUGUAUAUGAGGGUUACGCUCUGCCUCAUGCUAUUAUGAGGCUGGAUCUUGCUGGUCGUGAUCUGACUGACUAUCUGAUGAAGAUCCUGACUGAGAGAGGCUACAGCUUCGUCACCACUGCUGAGCGUGAGAUCGUCAGGGACAUUAAGGAGAAGCUGUGCUACGUGGCUCUGGACUUUGAGAAUGAAAUGGCCACCGCUGCUUCAUCCUCCUCUCUGGAGAAGUCCUACGAGCUGCCCGACGGUCAGGUCAUCACCAUCGGCAACGAGCGUUUCCGCUGCCCGGAGACUCUCUUCCAGCCCUCGUUCAUUGGUAUGGAGUCUGCUGGCAUCCAUGAGACCACCUACAACGGCAUCAUGAAGUGCGACAUCGACAUCCGCAAGGACCUUUACGCCAACAACGUCCUCUCUGGCGGCACCACCAUGUACCCGGGUAUUGGUGACAGGAUGCAGAAAGAGAUCACAGCUCUGGCCCCCAGCACCAUGAAGAUCAAGAUGAUCGCUCCUCCUGAGCGUAAGUACUCAGUGUGGAUCGGCGGAUCUAUCCUGGCCUCCCUCUCCACGUUCCAGCAGAUGUGGAUCAGCAAGGAUGAGUAUGAAGAAGCUGGACCUUCCAUCGUCCACAGAAAGUGCUUCUAAACACACACACACACACACACACACACACACACCCUUCACCUUACUGGAUGUUUGUGUGGUUCUGAAUUAUGUGGGUUCUCAGAUUCUGUAUCUGUGAGAUGCUGGUGAUUCAGGUUGUGGUAAUGAUGAAGAGUUCACUGUUACCCCCCCCCCCCCCUUUCUUUUUCUCUUUCUCUUUCUCUCUCUCUUUCUCUCUCUUCACUGACUCUUAUUUGGAUUUUGAUUGAAAAUGCAGUAAACUUUGAUACACAUCCACA